GCGUGGAGGCGCAAGAGGAGACGCAGCCGAGCGGUGGCUAACAACGUUAGCAUUAAACUCAGUCUAGUGUUCCACUCAACAUGGAUAACUCGACAGAAGGGACGUGGGACAGUUUACCGAUUCAACUCACUGAAGGGAUUCUACAAACGCUCGAGGAAGUGAAGUUCACGCACAUGACACCUGUACAGUCUGCUUGUAUUCCGCUGUUCAUGAGUAACAAAGAUGUGGCUGCUGAGGCGGUGACCGGGAGCGGAAAGACGCUCGCUUUCGUGAUUCCCAUCAUAGAGCUACUGCUGAAGAGGGACGAGAAGCUGAAGAAGAUGCAGGUUGGUGCUCUGGUGAUCACGCCCACAAGAGAACUGGCCCUUCAGAUCAGCGAAGUGAUGGAGACGUUCCUUCAGAAGUUUCCACAGUUCACGCAGAUUUUGCUGAUUGGUGGCACCAACCCGAUAGACGAUGUGGAGAAGUUCAAAGAUAAAGGGGCGCACAUUGUGAUUGCGACACCGGGCCGUCUGGAGGACAUGUUCAGGAGGAAGGCAGACGGUCUGGACUUGGCCAGCUCAGUGAGGAGUCUGGAUGUUCUGGUUCUGGACGAGGCCGACCGACUGCUGGACAUGGGUUUCGAGGCCAGUCUGAACACCAUCUUGGGUCACCUGCCCAAACAGAGACGGACGGGCUUGUUUUCAGCCACUCAGACUCAAGAGCUGGAGAAGCUGGUGAGGGCCGGCCUCAGGAACCCGGUACGCAUCGCGGUGAAGGAGAAGGGCGUGGCGGCCUCCGCCAUCGUCCAGAAAACACCAUCCAGGCUCUGCAACUACUACACCAUUUGCAGAACGGAGAAGAAGUUCAACAACCUGGUGGCGUUUAUACGGCAACACAAGCAGGAGAAGCAUCUGAUCUUCUUCAGUACGUGUGCCUGUGUGGAGUACUUCGGUCGAGCUCUGGACACUCUGGUGAAGAAGGUCACCGUCUACUGCAUCCACGGCAAGAUGAAGAACAAACGCAACAAGAUCUUUGCAGACUUUCGGGCCCUGAAAAAUGGGAUCUUGGUGUGCACAGACGUCAUGGCCAGAGGGAUCGAUAUCCCCGAUGUUAACUGGGUGCUGCAGUACGAUCCUCCCAGCAGUGCCAGUGCGUUUGUGCAUCGAUGUGGACGUACAGCUCGUAUCGGCAAUCAUGGCAACGCCCUCGUCUUCCUGCUGCCGAUGGAGGAAUCCUACGUCAACUUUCUGUCCAUCAACCAGAAAUGUCCCCUCCAGAAGAUGGUCCUCACAGGUGAGGUUAUGGACAUGCUGCCUAAAGUGAAGGCCAUGUCUCUGGCGGACCGAGCCAUGUACGACCGCGGCAUGAGAGCCUUCGUGUCGUUCGUCCAGGCCUACGCCAAACACGAGUGCAGCCUCAUCUUCAGGCUCAAAGAUCUGAACUUCGCCACCUUGGCCCGCGGCUUCGCCCUCCUCCGCAUGCCCAAGAUGCCCGAGCUGAAGGGGAAGAAGAUUCCCGGUUUCACCAGGACGACGCUGGACACGGACACCAUCCGCUACAAGGACAAGAACCGGGAGAAUCAGAGGCAGAAGAUGCUCGCCGAGCUGAAGGAGAAAGUGGUGACGCCCUUGCCUAAAAGGAACUACAUCAAGAAUAAACCUUGGUCCAAACAGAAGACCAAGAGCGAACGCAGGAAGAAGAGAUCCGCCAAGAGGAAGCUCGAGGAGGGCUCUGACGUGGAGGACGAAGACGCGAAGGAGCUUUUAAAAGACACUCGCAUCCUCAAGAGGCUGAAGAAAGGACAAAUCACAGAGGAGGACUUUGAGAAGCAGAUAACGAGCGGAAUAAACUCCAAACACAGCGCAGGAGGAGCGUCGGGGGACGGGGAGCUGUGAGCAGCUGUGUUGCAUUCAAUUAAACGCUGAGACAUUUGUUUACCUUGUGAUAAAAUGGAUUUUUUUUAUUGAAUUAUAAAUAAAGCUUGAUGAGCUCGUCGCUGAUGGCAGACGGGGUGAGGACUCCCAGGUCGGUGAAGAGGAGUGUGAUGAGGGACGGAGGCGUGUAGUCGAUCAUGGGAUGCUCCUCCGACAGGUUCUUCACGGUCUUCAGCGUGUCCGCUUUGUACUGCGGAGGCCAGCAGAACGUUAGUAAAGAAAAUAGAACAAAACAAAGGCAUCCUCUGUCGUUUCUUACCUUAAAUCUAUCGGGCACGUCCUGUUGGUUGAGCGGGUAGAUGCGGACGAAUUUGAAGCUCUCUGCUACGACGUAGAAGGGCUUGUUGUGAGCUUUGGAGCACACGGCCGUCUGAUACGUGCCGAUCUGUAAACGGCAACGGUUAAACGUUCAGCUCUGUGUUUGCGUCUCGAUCAGGAGUGGAAAGCAACCAAGGACAAGUUUGAGGUACUUGUAUUUUAUGAGAGUACUUCUACUUUAUACUUUUACUCUGCUACAUAUCAGAGAAGUUAUUUACUCCACCACAUUUGUAGAUGAAUACAUUGAAAACACCUCAAAAACAUGAAUUAUUGAGUCUUAUUUUCUGCCAUUGAGAUGAUUUCAACUUGUUUGUGAGGUUCCUUCUACUCUAAAGCAGUGAUCCCUUAUUCUGUCUUUUUUUAAAGGGGACAUAUUAUGAAAAACACACUUUUUCAGUACUUGUGCACAAACAUCUGGAUAUCUGGAGUUCCUACCAACCCACAAACUGAAGUAAGACGAGUCAGUCAGGUUUGGAUCUCCCUCCUUCGUCACAUGCCGACUCAUUAGAAUAUACCGCCCACGGCUUGAGAGCUAACGUUGCUGAAGUGCACCAUAUUUUUGGGGCGUUUUUAAAUCGGCUAGUCUUAAAGAGACAGGUGCCAACACGGAGCGCUUUAGACUAAGGUUAUAUAUACAGGGACGAUUCAGACAGUAUGUUUUUUUGGACAUUAAAGCAUGUAAACUAAUCCUAAAUACCAGUAUGAACAUGAGCAUAAUAUAAGAUUCACUCACUUAUGUUUUUAAAGCAGGUUGUUUUCUAUCAUAAACAGGUUGAAAUAAUCCAGUAGUUUAAUCUUUUAGAACUAAAUAACUAAUCUUGACUUUGAUCAACUAACAUUAAAUAUGUUACAUAUUAAAAUACAUUAACAACUUUUACUUUUGAUAUUUGAAUUACAUUUUCCUGAUAAUACUUCUGUACUUUUACUUAAAGCUACCACGGUGAACUGUCAUUGUAUGUUGAUUCUGGCGCCCCCUGUGGACGUAAACGGCAGUGUUUCUGUGAGCGUGUUAAAUAUCCACAGCUGCCAGAUUCCAUUUAGAAAACCUCAUUUUAGUGCAGCGGGUGGAACUUUACACACAGACUGGUAUUCAUACUUGAUGAGCUUGUUUUGUGAUAAAGGCUCCGGACGAUUCACUGAAACUCACCUUGUUGAUGAUCCCUCCGCUCUCAACGACUCCCUCCGCUCCAACAAUAACUAGGUCUACUUUCUCCAAGACAUACCUGAGGGGAAAAUAUCAAAGAACACAAAGCUUUAAGGUCAUGCUGAUGAAAGUAAGACACUGAUUUUGACUUCAUGAUAAAUGUAUUUACCCGACAGCUGCAUCCAGGACCACUGUUACCGGGACGUUGAGCUUUCUCAGGGCGUCCGCCAUCUCUCGCCUGCACGGAGAACGAAACAAUCAAUGAGUGUGUGAGAGAGACAGCGAGCGAGAGACAGACAGACGGACAGAGAGAGACAGACAGAGCGCGUGUGUGUGUCCCUUCACAAUAAAACAGUUUCCUGUUGGUGUUCGCUCACCCGGCUGAGUCGGGCUGUGACUCCGUCACGUACACAGAGAAGCGUUUCUUCUCGGCUGCAGCUUUUUCAAGCACCCGGAGGACGACUCUGGAGUACGAGUGAGUGAG